AUAUUUUUUAUUUUACUGUAAGAAUCAGUCACGCAAAGCAAGAUUUGGAUGGUAAAAUAAGUUCUGGCAGAUUUACUUCAAGUAGGAUUCCGCAUAGCACACUGGGUUGGUUUAGUAUCCAUCUCCUGCAAUGUCAGAUACAGAGGAGAAUGAUAUACUGACAGACAUGGUUAACCAUUCCAUGCCUGCUGACCCCACUAAUUCACUAGAAACAAUGGGGAAUCUUGGUCUAACUCAGGAACUCAUGCAAGAGAUAAUCAAAGCUAAAAAAGCAACUCCUGGAAAUUUUGCAAGUUAUUGGGAACUUGAUGAACAAGAUGUGAAUGAAGCAACGAUGGAGGAAAUAAAUGCGUCCGAUAGUUUGAAAAUGUUAUGGGCUGCGGAGAAUAACAAAUGUGCUAUAAUUGAGGACCUAUAUGAAAAAGAUGACAGUUUAGUGAAUACAUCAGAUGAGGACAUGUAUACACCAUUACAUAGGGCAUCCUAUGAGGGGAACAUUGAAGCCGCAAAAUUGCUCAUUACAAAAGGUGCCAAAAUAGAUGCUAGGACAAUCGAUGGCUGGCAGCCUCUACAUAGCGCUUGUAGAUGGAACCAAACUUCUGUAGCUGCAUUACUUUUAAAUAAUGAAGCAGAUAUCAAUGCUCAAACUAAUGGUGGACAGACUCCAUUACAUUUGGCUGCAUCAGAAAAGGAUAGCAGGGACACUUUGGAACUAUUGCUUAUGAACAAGAGCAUUAAUACUCAUCUUAAAAAUAAUGCUGGUGAAACUGCUAGAGAAAUAUGUGUGAUGGAGCUAAAGGAAUAUAUUAUUGUAAGAGAGUCUGCAGCCGAAUAUGUUUGCGUGUAUAUUGCAAUAUUCAAUAUUGCAAAAUCAAACAAACUCGACCAAGUCUCUUAUAAUCUGGACUAUAAAUAG